UUUGAUGAUAUUUAGAUCAUGAGGAGUUGUGUUGAUGUUAAAGUCUCGAGUCAAUCUUCAUUAACGGUGUUAAUCGUAACCAAAUUAAUCUCAGGUGGUUAUCUAUAAUAAUAUUCUAUUUUAUACAUAAAAUUAUAGAAUGACUUAAAACGUAUAAAAAAUAAAUAUUAACUUAAUAAUUAUAAUAUAGUUUCUUUUUGUAAAAUUUAUAUAUGUGCAUGAACUUUAAAUGAUUAUUCUCAUUUAUUUAACUCCGAAUCAAAUAACAUUUUAGCUUAUUUUCUAGUUAUUUCUAAAACAAUAUAUAAAAUUAUACAUAAUUUUACGAAAAAUUUAUACAUACAAAUAUAUAUAUGGCUGCGUUAUGAGUCUAUGACCAAAAAUGCACAUGGAAGUACAAAUUAACAAUUUUUGUAUAGCUAGAGAAACGUGGUUGCAUCGAUGAUGUUUAGAUCAUGAGGGGUUGUGGUGAUGUUGAAGUCAUAAGUCAACUUUCAUUAGUGUUGUUAAUGUAACAACUAAUUUAUUUUUCCUGAUUCCUAAUUUAUAGAAUAUAUGAGCAAUCUACUCUUAAACACUCCAAUUCUAGUUGAUAGGAAAUUUCAAAAAUUACUAAAGAGUAGUUUCUAAGGAUUGCAAUAAACCAUAAUGGGAAUGGUCGGUUUCACGGUAGCACUGAUGGUGAUAGGGGUGAUAAUCUCUCCUUGUGUCCAUGGAAAUGAGUUCUCCGAUCACAAGGAAAUCGAGGUAGAAAGACUUUUGAAGCGGCUCAACAAGCAUGCUCUUAUAUCCAUUAAGAGCGAAGAUGGAGAUAUAAUAGAUUGUGUUCCAAUACAUAGUCAACUAGCUUUUGAUCAUCCUUUGCUUAAAAACCACAACAUCCAGAUGAGACCGAAUAUUAUACCGGAAAGUACGUCUACGUACACCAAGAAUUAUACAAAUGUUACUCAGGCGUGGCACAAGAGUGGAAUAUGCCCAGAAAACACAGUCUCGAUAAGAAAAAUAAAGAAAGAAGAUAUCUUACGAUCAAAUUUCAUUGAGAAUUUUGGGAAAAAGAUGACUCCAGGCAUCCUUUUAUAUGGUUCAAGUAGUGUUCAUGAGUACGCGGCCAUGAAUUGCAAGAAAGGAAAGUAUUUUGGGACAAAGUUUGCAGUGAAUAUCUGGAAACCAAAAGUUCAAGUUCCCAACGAGUUCAGCUUGGCUCAGACUUGGCUCUCGUCUGGAGUUGGCACUAAUCUUAACACGAUUGAAGCUGGUUUUCAGGUUCUUCCAUCAUUAUAUGGUGAUAAUAAUCUAAGAUUAUUUGUUUACUGGACGGCCGACAACUAUCAAAAGACAGGGUGCUACAACACCAACUGCCCAGGUUUCGUUCAGACGAGCAAUCGUAUCACUGUAGGUGGAACCUUCAAAAGCGUCUCAAAAUACGAUGGUAUUCAAAUCGCGGUCCUCGUAAUGAUAUGGAAGGACGGCGAUUACUGGUGGCUACAGAUUAACAAAGAGCUUGUCGGCUACUGGCCUGCUAAGUUAUUCAGUUCUCUAGGUAAGGGAGCUACGGAAGUUCUAUGGGGAGGUGAAAUCGUUAACGAGAAGACCGGUGGGAAACACACGAGCACGGACAUGGGAAGUGGACAUUUUGCAGAUGAAGGUCAUAGAAAAGCGAGCUAUUUCAGGAAUAUUAUGACGGUUGAUAAAACCAAUACUCUGAGAGAACCACAAGGAGUUUACCCCACGAUUACGAAUGAUAACUGUUACAACAUUAAGGAAGGACGUAAUGGAACUUCCUGGGGGUUUAAUUUUUUCUAUGGUGGUCCUGGCCUGAACGCCAAAUGCCCUUGAUUUUUUUUUUUUUGGGUAAAAUAUUUGUUUGUAUUUGAAUAUGAGCGUGCGAGUAUGAACAAAACCACGUCGUUGACGUUUAUAUUA